UUAAAAUACGUCGAGAAAGAUGAGAGUUUACUUGGUAUCUUUAACCAAAGUCUUUGCUUUGUUUUUGUGGUAUGCCUUAGUCGCACGGACCAAAGCCAAAGGAUGCAAGAUCGUGAAUUUUCUUCCCGUUAAAGCUGACAGCUAUCUUGCCAACCACGUGAUCGAGACCUUCGCCUGUAAAACAAAGUCCACGUGUCAAGUGAAGUGCUACGUCAGCGAUUCCUGUAUGUCGUACAACUAUCACGAGCAAAAUGCCGUUUGCGACAUCAAUGAUUCUGAUCAAAUUAAACACCCUAAUGACCUUAUAAGGAAGACUGGUAAUAUUCAUGUUAGCACAAAGAACGCAUGUCAGAGCAAGCCGUGUCCUGACAACGGUACUUGUCAAGCAAUCUUCAUCGGAGAARGAUCAGGAUUCAACUGCUUGUGCCCAAGUGGCUUUACUGGACCAAGUUGUAACGAAGAAGUGAUACUAGUAGCAACAGCGUGCGAGGGUGGUGUCUUGAGCAUGUCGUGCCCAAAUGGGAACCUUCUUCGUAUUAAAUGGGCCCUUUAUGGUCGCUCUUCCAAAGACGUCUGCCUUCAUCGUCUUAUGAAAGUGCCCUGUGGAGACGAAGCCAGUUCGCUAAUCAAGGUGAAAGAGCUGUGUGAAGGGAAGCAGUCCUGUUCUUUUACUGUUGGUUUUGGCACCUUUGGCAUUGACCCAUGCCCGGGCUUCUACAAGUACACUGAAGUAAAAUAUGCAUGCCAAUCAUUGUAAACUAUCAUAAGAACUUUCUUAGGGAUGAGGUUACAGCAAUGCUUGUGGGUGCAUUUUACUGGUUUAUCUACACAGUUAUUGGGCGAUAUUUUUGAUUGAUAAUAUAGUCUAUAAAAUCUUUUUUUUUUAAUCUGAACAAAUCCUAUCUAGUCAAUCAGACUUAGACUCUCCCGCUGACUGAAGAAAUGAUUUUUGGAUUCCUGAACCAAGCUUUUCUAUGGUUAAAAAUACACUUUUCCACAUAUAGAUUGUUUCGUUUACGAAAAUACUUUGGAACAAAGGAACACAAUAGAAUAAUAGGAUUCUUUUAUCUCGACCUUAAGCACGCUUUUUGAAUAAAUAAGUAUAAGUAUAUAUGUAGGGAAACGCCUUAAUGUAAAUUCAUUCAGUCAAGUAACACCGGCUACCGGGUAAGUUAUACCGUUGCUAGAUUUGUCGCUUUUUUCUUUAUACAGUAACGUUUUGUAUCACAAUUAUAUCUAGAUUUCGAACAAGUAAAAGUAAAAGAAGAUAUUGUUAGAUGAUUAAAUGAUUAAAGCUCU